CCUUGAUGCCUACACGCAUGCGCAGUUGUACAUGGGAGCAUUGGGUAUCAAUUUGGUCAAACAGCGGGUGAUAAAAUGCAUAAACUAAAAUCCUCCCAAAAGGACAAGGUACGGCAGUUCAUGUCCUUUACUCAAGCCGGGGAGAAGACCGCCGUAUACUGCCUCACUCAAAAUGAUUGGAAACUAGAGGUGGCCACCGACAACUACUUUCAGAACCCAGAUUUGUACCACAAGGAAUCCAUGAAAAGCUCAGUGGACCGAAAAAAGCUGGAGCAGCUUUACAAUCGAUAUAAAGAUCCCCAGGAUGAGAAUAAGAUUGGGAUUGAUGGAAUUCAACAGUUCUGUGAUGACCUCAAUCUGGAUCCAGCCAGCAUCAGUGUUCUGGUUGUGGCAUGGAAAUUCCGUGCGGCAACACAGUGUGAAUUCUGCAAGAAAGAGUUCAUUGAUGGCAUGACAGAGCUGGGGUGUGACAGUCCGGAGAAACUUCGAGCACUUCUGCCCAGAUUAGAACAGGAUCUGAAAGACAGCGGAAAGUUCAAAGAUUUCUACCAGUUCACCUUCAACUUUGCCAAGAAUCCUGGACAAAAAGGUUUAGAUUUAGAGAUGGCAGUAGCAUAUUGGAACCUGGUUCUGGAUGGACGUUUUAAGUUCCUAGACCUCUGGAAUAGAUUUUUAUUGGAGCAUCAUAAGCGAUCAAUUCCCAAAGACACGUGGAACUUGCUUCUGGAUUUUGGCAACAUGAUUGCAGAUGACAUGUCAAACUAUGAUGAAGAAGGAGCAUGGCCUGUUCUCAUCGAUGACUUUGUGGAAUAUGCUCGGCCAAUUGUGACAGGAUCAAAGCGCAAAACUGUAUAGUAACGCUGCUGCUGGUCGCCUCAUUGACUUUGUAGUUUUUUUGAAAGACUUGUAAGCAUAAUAAGAGUGAACUAAGAGAAACACUUGAAACCCACAAGCUUUGCAAAAGGAAGGAUGGAAAAGACGAUUCAGACGUCCACACAUCACACAGGAAGGACAAGAGUGUGAAACUCAAGAUUUCUUAUAGAGCCAUCAAAUGCACAUGGCCAGCUAUAUUUGCACUGGCGACUCUAUUCUAGCCUGAAACCCUUGGAGAUUUUGGGUGGAUAACUUCGAACCUAGUACCUCAUCUCCAUAGCAAUCAGUGUCACUCUAUAGGGCCGAGUCCUCAUUGCCUACCCACUCUUCACAGUAUGAAUUAUGGACUAGUCUCUCCAGUUUCAUUUUAGAUUAUGUACCCAUCUGUCUGGGUGUGUAUCUCAUGCAGGACUUGAUGCUGAUCAUGUCCGCAUUUUAAGCCAGACGUUCAUGGGCAGCACAGCAUGCGGCUCACCACACCAGCACUAUUGUUACAGUUGUAAAAUACUGUAUCUACUGCAGCAGUAUGUACAGAGAGAAAUGUAUUAUCAGUAAUGUUUUAUUAUAUGAAAUAUGAAAGAAAGGCGUGGUCAAAACAAGAUGCCUCCAUACCAUGAUCUUGUAUGAUUUUAGGUCAAAUGUGUCAUCUGCCCUGUUGCGGAACUUGUAACAACAUGGUUCAGUGUUACUCUUUUUUUUUGUUUUGUUUUGUUUUGUUUAGCAGAUUUAUGUUAAGAAAUAAAUUAUUGCCCUUUAUGUUCUUCUCAAUCUCUAACAACCCUGUUAUUCUUUAACAGGACAUCUAUCCUUGGACAACAAGAGGCUUUGCGAGCUUUCACUAUGAAACAUUCUCCCACCAGUAUCACAAAUUCAACAUGCAUCUGAAUCAAAAUGAUUAUUGCAGAAAAUUAAUACCUCACUUCAUAAAUCACUAAAAAGCAACCCUAGAGCAUGAUGGUAGGGAUGGAGUUAUAUUUGGUUUGCACCAAACAUUCAGGACAUGGAGGUUAAUUUUAGUGCCAUCUGAGACUACAAUUAUUUUUUUCUAAAAAAGCUUUCAGGUUUGUCACAAGCAUAAUUCAGGCAUGAUGUAAUGUUCAUCUUUUUCAGAAGUGCUUUCCUUCUCAUCGAUGAGUGCCAAACCUGCAGUGCUGAGAAUAUUGAUGUCAGCCAAAAUGCUCUGCAUCGCGAGAAGAAAGUAUUGUGAAUCGGGAACAACAUGAGGGUGAGUAAAUGAUGACAGAAUUUUUAUUUUGGGUGAACUACUUUAAUGGCGGAAAUGAACUUGCAAUGCGAUUUCACUGUGUACCACAAGAGAGCGGCAAUCUGUUUAUAU